AUGGAGGAGCAAGCCAAAAUAAAUCGUCAAAUGAUGGAAGAAAUCAAGGAAAUGGAAAGUCAAUUUUCAAAACUGGCUGGAUCCUUGGUUAAUUCUGAAAGAGGCAAACUUCCUUCUCAACCUCAAUUCAAUACACAAGGGCAACAUAUGGCUCAAACCUCGAACUCUAACGAUCAAAACGUUAAGGAGGCUAAUGACAUCAUAACUAAAAGUGGUAAAGCUUUGGAAGAUCCACCAAUACCAAAUACUACUUUAAAAUUUCCAAAUGUUGUCUCUGAAAGUGUGCCAUCCAAUGCUUCUACAAAAGUUCCAUUUCCCCAGGCUCUAAGACCUGCUGGGAAAAUUCCUGAAAAUCGAGGAGAAAUCCUUGAGCACUUGACACAAGAUAUUUGCACUGUAAAAAGGAAGCAUCAUGUCAAGAAGACUGCUUUCUUGACUGAGCAAGUUAGUGCGGUAAUUGAACAAAAGACACCGCCAAAAUACAAAGAUCCUGGUUGUCCCACCAUUUCCUGUCAAAUUGGGACUCAUGAAUUCAGCCAAGCCUUGCUAGACUUAGGAGCGAGUGUCAAUCUCAUGCCUUAUUCUGUCUACUUGCAACUUGGUCUUGGUGAAAUCAAGCCUACUUCUGUAGUCUUACAGCUGGCUGAUCGUUCUAUUAAGAAGCCUCGGGGUAUUGUUGAGGAUGUUCUUGUUCAAGUUGACAAAUUCUAUUACCCCGUUGAAUUUCUCAUUCUAGAUACUCAAUUUGUGGUUAACAUGAAGUCAAAAAUCCCUAUCAUACUUGGAAGACCUUUCCUUGCUACAACUAAUGCCCUUAUUAACUGUAGGAAUGGUCUCAUGCAAAUAUCUUUUGGGAAUAUGACUCUCGAGGUCAAUAUUUUUCAUGUUGCAAAGCAACCACGUGAUGAUGAUGAGUGUUAUCAGACAUUUCUAAUUGACACACUCAUUCCUGAGGAGUAUUCCACUACUGAAAAAGAGUUGCUUGCCAUUUGGAGUUCACAAGACAGACGGAAGUUUCUGGUAGAGGUGCGCAAUUUAUAUUGGGAUGAUCCAUACUUGUUCAAGUAUUUCCCUAACCAAAUCAUGCGGAGAUGCAUCCCUGAUGAUGAGGUGUCUAGUGUUCUGAUCUUUUGUCAUAAUGAUGCUUGUGGUGGUCACUUCUCUGUGAAGAAAACUGCUGCAAAAAUCUUACAGUGUGGUCUUUAUUGGCCCACUUUGUUCAAAGACACCAAUGAAUUUUUUCGUUCAUGUGUGAGGUGCCAGAAGUUAGGUUCUUUGUCCCGCCAUCAUAUGAUGCCUUUGAACCCAAUUCUUGUGAUUGAGAUAUUUGAUUGUUGGGGCAUAGAUUUUAUGGGACCAUUUCCAUCUUCUUCUAGUUACAUUUACAUUCUCCUUGUUUUGGAUUAUGUUUCCAAAUGGGUCGAGGUUGUACCCUGUCGAACCAACGAUAAUGCAACAGUUACCAAGUUCUUGAAAGAGAAUAUUUUGUCAAGGUUCGGUACGCCUCAUGCCAUCAUUAGUGAUCAAGGCACUCAUUUUUGCAAUUAG